GCGGCUGCUGCGGCUGCUUUCGCAGAUUUGUAAACACAGCAGUUACGCUCAGUUGAUCUGUAACGGGCGGUUAAGCCCAUCCAGAUGGUUGUGGCAGCUGCUGAAAAGCGCUGCCGCUCUUGAACGUAGCCUCGGUUUAUAUUUGGCUUAAAGGAGACGCAACAAAGCGCACAAAAUGGUUGUGCUCAAGGCCCGGGCGAAUAAGUAGGUUUACUAUAGCUUUAAGAAGAAGAAAAUAGUGUCUGCUUCUUUAAAAUUAUAUUGGUUUAUUGCUGAAUAGAUAAUUAAGAAAACUUUGUAGUUUCUAAUCAAUAUAUAUAUGUAUUUAAUUUGCGACGAAACCAACUGAAAAUGCACUACUGUUGGAUAAAGGCCGCCUGCAAUCAAAACGGCUUUAAAGCAGAUGUGGUCCGUUUUUCCUCAGUUUGCAAGUAAACCUGCCUGACUUUAAGUGGAAUCUGAGGUGGUCCUAAGUGUCCUCACGGUGAUGGAACCAGCCGGUGACCGAACCGGGAAUGUAAAUAAAGGUGAAGAUCCGACGGAGGACAAGGCCGCAGAAGAGACCCCGGGCACCAGUACAGCUGGUACGCCACGGAGGGCGCUGAGGGACCGGGGAGCGGGCCGCCCUAGGUCUGGCGUCACCGCUUCUGUAGCGGACGUUAACGGCGGUACGUCGAGCCCGCAGACUUCGGGACGGGUUUUAAGAGAUAGGUCAACGAGGGCAGUACCAGCCUGGCUGAAAGACACCAAAAGCAGCGACGACGACGAGGACGAACUUAGCUCGGACGCCGGUGCGACCAAGCGGAGGAAAGUUUCCAACUCCAGGCGGAAGAAAAAUUCAGAUACUGCAGGUUCGGCUGAGGGAUACAGCCUUCAAGGCACAGAACAAGAGGACGCCAAGAAACCUGCCACAGAUGCCCAAGCCCUUCCCUCCAGACGCCCCUCAGCCCAGACUCAUGCCAAGACUCCAUCUGGCAGGGCUGUCCACAGCUCUGCCAAGCCCAUGUGUAAGACUGAACCUGGAAUGGAGAAUCCAGCUGCUGUGGAAGGAGCUGUAGAUGAUAAAGACAAGUAUGAAAUUGAAAAGAAAGAGGAGGAAAAUACCGGCGCUGCUGAACCAGGCUUGGAUGAUGAAGAUCCUUCUUUUCAGGAUGACCCAGACAAUCUCAACUACCAGCCACAGAGUCAGAGUGUAGAAGAAGAAGAGGUCCUUAGCAGCGAGGAAGAUGUUCCCUUUAGAGACGACUUAAAUGAUCAAAGCUACGACCCGAAGGUUGAAAGGGAUGCUCCUAAACCAAAGCGCAGAGUUCCUCCUAGACCCAAGGAGAAGAAAGAAAAGGAGAAACCACUGAAGAAAGAGAAGGAGGUUGCUGAGAUAAAAGUGGAAGGUUCAGACAAUGUAGAGAGCAUGCAGGAGGAAGUAAAGCUUGAAGAGGAAGUAGUGGAAGAUCCGGAUGGACCCAGGAAGAGAGGUCGGCGGAAAAAAGACGACAAAACCCCACGGCUGCCAAAGAGAAGGAAGAAGCCCCCAGUUCAGUAUGUGCGCUGCGAAAUGGAAGGAUGUGGGACAGUGCUGGCUCAUCCUCGCUACUUACAGCACCAUAUAAAGUACCAGCACUUACUCAAGAAGAAGUAUGUUUGUCCUCAUCCUUCUUGUGGGAGGCUUUUCCGCCUACAGAAGCAGCUGCUGCGUCAUGCAAAGCACCACACAGACCAGAGGGACUACAUCUGUGAGUUUUGUGCUCGCGCCUUCAAGAGUUCCCACAAUCUGGCCGUGCACCGCAUGAUACACACUGGAGAAAAGCCCCUACAGUGUGAGAUCUGUGGCUUCACUUGUCGCCAGAAGGCAUCUCUCAACUGGCACAUGAAGAAGCACGAUGCUGAUGCUACCUAUCAGUUCUCCUGCUCUAUUUGUGGAAAGAAGUUUGAGAAGAAGGACUGCGUGGUGGCACACAAGGCCAAGAGCCACCCGGAGGUGCUAAUUGCUGAGGCGCUGGCAGCAAAUGCCGGCGCUCUCAUCACAACCCCUGCCUCUCUCUUGGAGCUCCCGGGAAAUCCUGCGCAAGCAGAGGUCACUGGCUUGGAUGCGAACCAAGUUGGGCAAGACGGCCAGGUGGACCAGCUGGGCCAGGAUGGGCAGCAUGUGCCUCAGGUCUCCCAGAUGGGUCAUGUGACCCAGCAGGUGAGUCACCAGGUGGUUUUGCUGGGACAAGAUCAGAGCCUCCACACCAUGCAGGUGCCUGUGACAAUUGCUCUGUCCCCUAUCGACCCCCCAUCACCGGCCGAGAACCAGCAGCAGACCCAGCUCCAGCUUCAGAUGCCCGUCCAGUUUGUGCAGACUGCCCAGCAGCCCCAAAUCCAACAGCUGACCCUCCAUUCCAACUCAGUGGUGACCCAGCAUCAACCGCAGCUCCAGCCUCUUCAGUCAUACACUUCCCAGCAGCAGAGCCAGGGCCAAACACAAAUCCUGCAGAUGACCUUCCAGCCUGUCAGCCAGUCCCAGACCCACAUCCAGCAGAUCCCCAUUCUAGCAGCCUCUCAGCAGCUCCAGCCUCUGCAGACAGCAUCCCCGAGCCCUCCUCUAAUGUCCACUUCGGAAACCCAGAGCCAGGUUCCCGUCUCCACCAGCGGGGACAGCUUUAUGUUGGACAAUCCAGUGCUCUCUUCCUCCUCUCCCUCAGCCACCUCUCUUCAGCAGACAGAAGUGGUGGGGGAGGAUGGUGUAAUCUGGGAGCAGGCCGGGCAGGGGGAGGUCCUAGCUGAUGGCACUGGGAGACACAUGCAGCAGACCCUCAUGUAAAACAAAAAGGAUGCCAACAGAACGUAAUCUAGAGGCAGUUUAUGUUACCAGUGACCUGACAUACUGUUUCACCACGUUUGAGGUAAAUGUAGGCUCACUGGUAUAUUAUGUAAUGCUCACUCAUCGUCACAUUUGGUAGAUUUUUAGACUUCGUAUCAGGGAAAGAUAUGUGUUUGUAUGUGUAUGUUGUUGCCUUUGUACCUAACAGUCCUGUAACUAGCCACUUAUGAGUGUGUGUGUGUGUGUGUGUGUGUGUGUGUGUGUAUAUAUUGAUGAGGUCUUGUUGCACAGCUGUUGCUAUUAUGCAAUAACAUAGCAUACCUCUUAGUAAUAUACAGCACAUCUAAUGUGUAAUGUGCAGCAUCAACAAAGUUCCUACUGGAAUAAAUCGGUUUAAUUUAUAUCAUGAAACACAUGAGAAAGUUAUAAACUCCCUCUGUGUGUGUGUGUGUGUGUGUGUGUGUGUGUGUGUGUGUGUGUGUGUGUGUGGAAACACUCAUUUAUUGUCCAGCUUUCCUGUGACACUUUUUAUUUAACAAGGUUAGAAAUCAGCUAAAUCUACAAAAAAAGACAUUUCAAAACUUGGAAAAGACACCAAAAUUUACAGAUUGUGCAUAUUCCAGAUUUUGUCUCUUUUUUUUUAAAUGACAUUAGUGCAGCUUUGAAGGAAAUGAUAACCCCUAUAGUUUAACUCUACAAGACUUUUAGGAGCUGACAUGUACCCUUGAACACUGCGACUCAAAUGUAAGCCUAUCAAAUAACAGCAAGCACUGAUUUGUCAAUAAGAUUUGUUUAAUGUAAUUUGAUAAGCAAAGCUAUGUAGAAACUUUAUGUGUCAGCGGCAUCUCUCUGAUCUCUCACAUUAGAUUUGUGUUAGAGCAAACAGUCCACUUAAAAGUUGUAAAUAAACAUCUUAACAUUUA